CGCACGCCCCUCCCUGCCCUGUCCCCUCCUCCGGAAACGCCCCUUCUUCCACUCCUUGGUCCAAGCAGUAUUUUUUUUGUAAGACUAUUGUUUGUUCGGUGUCAACUUUCAACUAGGAGGGAGGGAAGAAAACGGAGCUGCCCGGAUUUGGGGGAUUUUGGCAUCUCCAGAAAGGAGAAAUGCAGAAAGAAGCAAGGAGGAAUUCAGGGACUGGAAACGGCAAAGAGCCUUUGAUAUGGUGAGAGGCUAUUGCUACAGGAUCAGUCAGAAGGUGGUCAGGAUGAAAACGGAAGAGCAAGAGUUGGCAAGCUGCAUGCUGAAGGAAAAAUUUGAAGGAGCGGGAAUAUCUCCUCAUGUCCUCCAGGCUGGGAGUAUCCAGGAAUGCCUCCAGAGGAGACCAGAGGAACAGAUUAAACGUGAACAGGAUGCAAGACAAUUUCAGCAGUGGGAAGACCAGUGGCAGGAGUUUUUGAAGACCAUGGAGUCCCCUCAGUCAAGCUGGGGAGCCCCACCGGCACCAGAGGAGACCUCACCCUGGGACGACACCAAGGCCUUCUUGGUUUCCUUCGAAGAAGUGGCUGAAGCCUGCCACUGGCCCAGAGAAGAGUGGGUGACCCGACUCCUGCCGGCCCUCAGUGGAGAAGCUGAGCAGGCCUUUAGCAGGCUAGAUCCCAGAGACAGAGAGGAUUAUGGGAAAUUGAAGGCAGCCAUUUUACGAGAGGACGCCAUGAGGAGAGAAAGGAUGCGCCAGUAUUUCAGGUGUUUCUGUUACCAGGAGGCUGAGGGGCCAAGAGGGACUUACAGCCGGCUCUGGGAACUUUGCCACAGUUGGCUGAGGAUAGAGAAACUCACCAAAGAGCAGAUCCUGGAGCUGCUAGUCCUGGAGCAGCUUCUGGCCAUCCUGCCCCAGGAAAUGCAGAGCUGGGUGAGGGAACGAGGGCCGGAGACCUGUGCUCAAGCAGUGGCCCUAGCUGAGGACUUCUUACUGAAGCAGCAAGAUCAGCAAUGUGAGGAAAAACAGGUGCUGAUGCCGUAUUUGGAGGCAGCAGUGAGUUUUUCCGAAGCAGGACAGACCCUGUCUGAACUCAAGGUGAGAGAGCUGCGCACAGAGGCCAAAAGGGGAGGUGAUGCCGGAUUGUGGGAAUAUGGACAAGUCUGUGAGUGUGAAGCACAAAAACAUCCAUUGAAAAGUACAGAGCUGGCAGAACCAUUCCCAAAAAGACCCAGAGAAGAUUUCCCCCAGGGUCUCAUGCACUUGAACACUUCUAAGCAUGAAUAUGUUCCAAAGACAGAAUCAGGUGACCAACCCUACUUGGUUCCUACAGAUGGGAAGGCCUUCAAAAAACUUCCACAAUCACAUGAGCAAAGCUCACUUGUUGUGUCCCAGGAGGGUUCUAAGCCAGGCUCAGAUUUUGUUAAGCAUGAGAUCCACCCUGUUCAGGAAGCGCUGUACCAAUGUGCCGAGUGUGGGAAGAACCUGAGUCGCAAGGACCACCUGAAGAGGCACCAACAGAUCCACAGCAGGAAGAAGAAACCCCACCAGUGUUCUUAUUGCGGGAAGUGCUUCCGGCAGAGGUCGGACCUGGUUUUCCAUGAGAGGAUCCACACGGGAGAAAAACCGCACAAAUGCUCCAUUUGUGGAAAGAACUUCAGAAGCACCUGCCAGUUGAUAGUCCACAAGAGGAUCCACACCCAGGAGAAACCCUACAAGUGCUCCACCUGUGGCAAGAGUUUCAGCCAGAACACAAACCUCACUGUCCACCAAAGAACACAUACAGGCGAGAAGCCGCACAAGUGUUCGACCUGUGAGAAAACCUUCAUACAGAAGUCGCAUCUCUUAAAACAUGAGAGAACUCACACCACAGAGAAGGCAUGCAAAUGUUUAGUUUCCUUUGGAAUUAGCUUCUUAAAUGGACACUGAGGGGGAGUCACAGACUGUGAGGGAAGCACUUGGUUUUGAAUACAUUCCUUGUUUUCCAGAAUAGGUUCUGGAGAAGACGAUACCAACUGUGGGCAAGUGGCAGUGGUAACAUCCUCUCAGGAUGCAAAAGCGUACCUUCCCCACACCAUUUCCUUAGGGCAGCUACUUCAGACCAUUUAAGAAGAAGAGAAGAGUAGGUUUUUAUACCCCACUUUUCUCUACCCAAAGGAGUCUCAAAGUAGUUAUGCCAAUAAAGGUUAUAUGAUGUGAGUCUC